CUUGUUCUCCUCUGUUGUGAGGACACUCAGUCACAGUGAACUGAAACUUCACCCAGGCUUUCUUUGUGCCAUCUGACCGAACCUAAUGCCUGAUUCAGGGGUUAACAGGGGUCACCGUGGUGAGCAUGCUCACAUAAAAGGAGGCGACAUCAUCAGAGGAACAGCUGAUACAGACCAAGGCAGAAAAAAGUUUAAUCUUGUGACACUCAGAGCCACUCUGACGGCGUCCCCUAUCAGAGCGCUCAGACUUUAAAGUGGAAGUUGCUCCAGUUUGUCACAGAUCAGAGUGAAUGAAUGUGAUUGGUUGAACAAAUACUCAGGUGUGUGUUGCAGCAAAUCAGAACCAUGGUCUGCAUCAGCACACAAUCACAUGGAUGUUCAGUCUGAGCAGCUGGAGCUUCAUUUCCUGCUUUCAGGAACAAGCUGCACAUUAACGAAUGAGAGGAAACUCGGAGUCUUUAUUCUCUCAGCUUCAGACUCACUGCUGGUUCAGGGUCAAAGAGUAAAGAUCACAACAAUCAUUAAAUAUAAACAACUGAAUUCAAACAAACCUGCUCUGAGCUCAACGGGCGCAGUGUAGGUGUCCUGGGAUGAGAUAUAGCAGAAUCAAGCUGCUGUAUAACUGGAAUAAAGUAUAUUAUUAUUUAUCAAUGAUGCUCAUCAGGGAAACACAAAGACUUCAGACCCUCCUCCUCUCCCCACAGAGCUCUGAGGGAUCUUCCAGUGAUGGUGAUGCUAUUUUCUGGAGAUGUGAUUGGGGAGUAGGCGGUGAUGCCAUGCCUGCUGAUCUGUUAAAUUCACAGCAUAAGUUCCGAUGGAGAUUUAGUCUGGUAAGAUGCGAACCACCUUCGAAGCUCAGAAACACAGAGUUCACCUUGAAGUUACCUGCAUAUGACUAAGUCCUGCUUCAUAGUUCAGGCCACAGCUCUGAUUGAACUGAGGAGACCAGCUGCUGCAGGUUGAAACUGGAUGUUUUUGUGGCUUUUGGGUUCUGUGAAGCUCCAGAUGUUUCAGUGGGGGAUUCAGGUCAGAAAUGGAGCUCAGUGAGGUUCCCUGAGACAGAUGGCGUUAGGGUUAGGAGCAGAUGUUGCUCUUCAGCAUUAAUGAGGCCUUCACAGGGGUCACAGCUACCCCCACCCCUCAUCCACACCAUAAGGGACAAUCAAGCUGAUGGUCAUUAGUAUAGUUUUCCACUCUGAGUUCUGCCUCACAGGCAGCUCCUCCUCUCAGGCAGAGUAACGCCUCCUUCACUAUGUUUGGAUGGUUGUGGCCUCUUCCUCUGAUUGGUGCAGUGGAUUGGGGGCGGUGCCCACCCUGUGAGUCGGUGCGGGGGGAGCUAAAGGCUGUUGUGCAUUGAGGGAGGAUGAGGAGGAUUAGUGCAGAUUACAGAGUAGUUUAUAACAGCAGAGAAGAAGAAGAGAGAGGCACACCCAGACCAACUGAGCCCACUGGUCUGACUAGGCCUGUCCUGAUGCAGUGAACUGGGACCAGUCUGUCUGAUCGUCUGAGACUAACUGGACUUGGCUGUGUUCUGGAGGGUUGUGGUGGUGUGCAGUGGUCUGAGCUGGUCUGAGGAACAGGAAGUGGAUGGACGGUUUCCAGGCAUACGGGGCGGGGAAGGCCGGUGGAGCGUUCGACCCUGCGACCUUCAUCAGGCAGCCGCAGACCGUCGUGAGGAUCCUGUGCUGGCUCUUCUCCAUCGUCAUCCUCGGUUGCGUUGCUAACGAGGGCUAUGUCAACAGGCCAGAGGAGGUGGAGCCGUAUUGCAUCUUCAACCGCAACCAGGAUGCCUGCAACUAUGGCAUCACCAUGGGAACACUGGGGUUCCUAUGCAGCGCUGCUUUCCUGGCACUGGAUGUUUACUUCCCCCAGAUCAGCGGCGUGAAGGACAGGAAGAAGGCCGUCAUGGCUGACAUUGUGGUGUCAGCUCUAUGGGCCUUCAUCUGGUUUGUGGGCUUCUGUUUUCUGGCCAAUCAGUGGCAGGUCUCUAAAAAAGAGGACAAUCCUUUGAACGAAGGAUCCGAUGCAGCCAGAGCCACCAUUGUUUUCUCCUUCUUCUCCAUCUUCACUUGGGUGCUGCAGAGCCUGCUUGCCAUCCACAGGUUCAAACUGGGAGCUGACACCGUCAUGUUCAACCAGGACUACAUGGAUCCUAAUCCACAGAAACCCAUGGAGGCCCCACCCACGACUGAAUAAAUCCCUUCAGAUGUGCUGGGUAGUUUUUAUUUGAUGGAUAUUUGUUCUUAUGGUGCAUUCAGGUACUCAACAGAGACACUUUUAUUUGAAAAUGAGUUCAUAUUUAGAGUAGGAUGAUGAAACUACACCAGGGGCCGAGUCAGCAGCCAAUCACACUCCAGAACAUGAACAGAAACAACAUGGUCAGCAAUGAUCUAAAUCCUCCACUUCCUGCUGAAAAAUCACUACCACAAUAAAAGCAGCUUCAUGAUAUAAGGCUGAUCACAGUUACUAAACUUUUCAGAGACUUUUCUGCCCGUUUUUAGCUUUAAAGCAGUCACAGCACCCCGUGCUGCUGCACCAAGCUAACCACGCUUCAGGUUUGAAUCUGGACUGUAAUUGGUUGCUCUGGUGAUUGGCUGCUGGUGGCCUGCAGCGCCUCCUGCUGGUCGCUUAUGUUUGUGUUUUGGUGCUGUGAGGUCUGAUUCAGUGUUAGUGGGAGACUGUGUGUGUUUGUCUCAUAAUAAACAACAGAAACAAAAUUCUGUGAUAACCUUAUCGAGCCUUACAUUUGUAAAUAGUGAUCAUGUGUUUUAUCGGAGAUGGCAAAAGUACAGACUUUGUGUACUUAGGUAGACAUACAGAUACCAGGGUUAAAAAACUCCAGUAAAACUGGAAGUACUGAAGCAACUUUUUACUCAAGUAAAAGUGAAAAAGUACCAGCUCUGAAAUGUACUCACAGUAAGAAAGUAAAAGGAGCUCCCUGAAGGACAAUUCUACUAACCAUGUUUGUACAAAGGAAACCGAACCUGGUGCUGUAGUAAUAUAAUCAUAAAAGAAUCUGAGUACAGAAGAAGAGUAAUAUGAUUCAAAUCUACCUUCUCAUUGUAAUGGGUGUACUCAGCUUGAAUCUGUUCUGCAGCACACCUGCAGGGACGCAGAAAUAAAUGUUCUGUCACCACAUGGCAGAGGGGGACUUUAAUUCCACACCUAAACAGGAACAUGAGUCUGGGGUCAGCAGGUGGAGGAACACUAAGAUGUGUGGAGUGUCUCAGUGUGGGGAAGAUGUGACAGCUCACAUGAACUUCUAAUGUGAUCAGCUGACCUGCUGCUCUUUGUGGAUUACACACAUGGAUUCAUCCAGAUGUCAGCAGAUGUUACACAGCGGAUGUCCAUCCUCUACACUGAUACUACUCUGUUUAUGUUAGACAGCCACUGUGCAGCAGUCACACUGUUCAUCACAGGGCAGCAAACUCACCUGUUCAUCCUGCACUAACCUGCAGCCUUUAAAUAACACAGUCAGUCUGCCUCAGUUUGUUUAGCAGCAGCUUUAUGAACAAACAUCAUGUGACACGUACAGAUUUAACAACAGGAGGACUUCCAUGUGAGCUUUAAAUGAGCAUCCUUCCUUUGACUCUAAGCUCCUCUCCCGUCCUUCUUUCUUAUCUUUCUCCAUCUUUAUCUUUUCCUACUUUAACCCCUCCCCCCCGAGUAUAAAGUCUAGAUGAACAUCUAUAACUGAGCAAAGAAAGUGAUUAAACGUGUAUAUUUUUCAUUUUCUGGACGUGCUGGCCCUGAGCAGUCUGAUAAUUCAGGUUAAGUUUAAAAUGUAUUGAGAGGUACUGAAGUGCAACGAUGCAGCAUUUUCAGAUAUAAAAUAAAAAGCUUACACCUCACUGACUGUCUGAUCCCUGUUGCGUCUCGUGGUGUUAUUGUUCAGAUUCGGGGUUUUAGGAUUAGCAUCUUCACUACCAAUCGCACCACGUGGACACAGCAGCGUGACCACACAGUGUAACUCUGCUGUCAUUACUCUUAAUUGUAUUGUUUUACUUAUUUAUAGGUACCAAAACAUUACAUUGGUUCUUGUUGAGCUUUUAAUGCUCCUGAGUAUAUUUUUAACUUGUCAGACUGCUCCAGGCUUUUGGUCUCAAAAAUGAAAAACAGGCACAUUUGACAAAAUAAAUUUCUCAUUUAUUAUGAAAGCACAGUAUUUUGUCCUAUUUAGACUAUCUAAUAAUAGUUUUGUUUUUGUGGAAUAACUUGUUAUAUUUGCUCAGUUCAGAAUGAAAACACCAUUUCAGAAUUUCAUGUAAAUAUAUUCUGUCUUUCAUUUUUUCAUAGUACUGCGAAACAUAACUAUGUACCAUUCAAAAACUUCUGAAAUUAUUUUUUUUCAUGGAUGUGUGCUCAAAUAUGAGACUCUGAAGGAGUGCUGGACUGGGUUUUCAUAUAGUAUUUAGCCAAAAAUCGCACAUUUUUCAUUUAUCUGUUCUAAGUUAAAGAUCCUGUUUCAAGCUAAUGACAAGAAAGAGCAGAGAAAAUUUCAGGCUUUUAACUUUAAUGGUUUUUGAGAUAGUCAUGUUCAUGGCCUUAGAUCUGAGGGAAGAAAACGGUCUGACAGGAGGUCAAAGGGUCGUUUUUCAAAUAAACAUAACCUGAAAACUUU